CGCAAACCGCGAUAGCUGGCUUCGGAACUAUAACGGGCCUAGCAUGCUUACACGACUCCCACUGAGCUUCGUCGUUCCCAUGUAUUGAUCCCUGCUGCAACCGUCUUGUGACAGCUUAACUUCUAGCUGCGGUCGGCUUCCUUAACGACAAAAGCUCUUUGAGUUCUUGGGAUUUCCGACGCCUAGUAACUUGGUUUAUUUGCUGGUGCAUUGCCUCGUAGCGUUAGUUAGACAUCGUGUCCCUGUGACGGAUUGCUGCCGGCACACAGGAACGCCCAGAUCCUUUCCAGCGUUAUAAGCAACGUAGCAUCGCUAUAGGACAGGAAGCCGCAAGCCGCGGCCAAGGCUGCGGAGGAGGGCGUAGACAGAAGGAAGCAUGAAUACGCCCGACCCCCUUCAGGGCCAUCCCCGAUAUGCAUCAGUGCAACCGUUAAGCAGCGGGUCAUUCGGGUUUGUCCACCUGUGUAAAAAGCUGGACACGAACCCACAGGAGCUUGUGGCCAUCAAGUUUCUUGAACGUGGAGAGAAGGUCAACAAGUAUGUUGAGACUGAAAUCCUGAACCAUCGGAUGCUCCGGCAUCCGCACGUAAUUGAGUUCAAGGAGGUCUUUCUGACGUCCGAGUACAUCUGCAUCUGCAUGGAGUAUGCCUCGGGUGGCAACCUGUUCAGCUACGUGCAACGCGCUGUGCGGCUAAAGGAGCCGGCUGCCCGCUGGUUCUUCCAGCAGCUCUGCAUCGGCCUCGACUACUGCCACCGGCGCGGCGUGGUAAACCGCGACAUCAAGCUGGAAAACACGCUGCUCACAAUGAUGCCCGGCCUGCCGCUGCCGCUGCUCAAGGUCUGCGACUUCGGCUACAGCAAGGCGCACUUCAUGUCUGCGCCCAAGUCCAAAGUCGGCACGCUGGCCUACAUGGCUCCUGAGGUGAUCCGGGCGACCGACCAGUACAUGGGCCAGGCGGCAGACAUCUGGAGCUGCGGCGUCAUGCUGUACGUGAUGCUAUUCGGCGCAUACCCCUUCGAGUGCCCGCACAGCAGGAACCAGCAGGGCAAGGCCCGCAUGGACAGCAUGAUGCAGCGCAUCCUGCGCAUGGAGUGGAGCAUCCCCUCCGACGUGGACAUCUCGCCCGAGUGCCGGGACAUCCUGUGCAAGCUGCUGGUGGGGGACCCGCGGCACCGCCUCACCAUGGCGCAGAUACAGCAACACCCCUGGUUCCUGACCAACCUGCCGCCUGACGCGCUGGCCAUGAACGACAACUUCCUGGCGCACACCGACUACUCGGGCGUGCAGAGCGUGGAGGAGAUCCGCCAGGUGCUGGCCUCGGCGGUCCUGCCGGCCGCGCAGCACAGGUACGGCUUUGCGGACGGGGAUGAGGACCUGGAUGCGGCCAUUGACGACGAGAUGGGGCAGCCGCACGUGCAGCAGCAGCAGCAGCAGGGCGCGGUUCCUGCCUAACGGAGCGCAGGUGCCGCAGGGUGCAGCCGCAUCGCGGGGUGCCGUGCCGUGGCAUGAUGGGUCGCCCAUGGGUGUCCAUCCGAACGCAUGAAGUGGAGCACACUCCCCUUCCAACAUGGUGGCGGCUGGUUGAUGAGCAGGGCGAAAGAGAAGAACGGUGUCUGCCAUAGCAUUGCAUGAGGGUAAGGUGCGGAGGCGGAAUGAGGCUCGGGGGGGCUUGCGGGGCGCAGCAAUGGCGUUUUCCGCAGAGCAUAGGGGUAUGUGCUGUACGAUAGGGGCAAAGCAGUGGGGGGCUGCAUGCUGCAGGCGGGCAAUGCCACACCGCUGGGGUGCGGUGAGGGGCACAGCUCAUUGGAUGGGUGUGAACAGUAUGAGAGGCCAAGUUAUGGGGGACGGGGGCGUUACGUAGCAUAAAGCUCGAGUGGGGUGGUGCAAUGGAGGACAGGCGGCCUUGCUACGGAGCCGUUAAACUCCUUGCGAGUGGCUACGUUUGGGUAUGGCGACGUUUGGCAUUGUUCUGUUGGGUGCUGUGACUGCCGUGGUUGGGUUGAUGUUGUUUGCCUCGCCAGCACUUUCACGCUCGGUCCGCUUCGGGCUCCUGUCAGCAUACCUUUAACUUCCUGUGCGCUGGCACGUGGUAGUUCCUCAACUGUUCGUGGGGUUGGGGUGGCUGUCAUAACUCAUUACCAGACAUGUUGGUGACUGCAGCGGGAUGGGGUUCGGGACGCCAGGGGGGACACAAGGGCCCUCGGGCGCGAGCCCUCAUGGUCAUGUGAGGGAGCAGCUAGGGGAGCUCCAGCUUUAGGGGGUUUGCCAUGCGGUGACCUGGCAGGUUGACGCUUUCUGUGUCGCAGAGAGACGCGUUUGGCAUGGAUUGAGUCAGGUGCACGUCAUUGUCGUUGGUGCAUGGCAGUUGCGCUCUCAGGCUAACAGUUCUGCUAGUGAACGGGCCGUAUGUGCCGUCGAGGGCUGGAAAACGCUACUGACCAGCUGAGAGUUUGUUGGUCUUCCCCCUGCUACAUUUGGUCGUUUGUGCUGGAACUUCCAGGAACUUUCCUCCUUUUCAAACGGUUGGUGCCGUUGCAAAGCUCUCGAACAAGGAUGCUUUGGUGCAAUACACCGUAAUCGGGUUUGAGCCAACGAGAGCCUUUUCGGCUAGUUUAAUAGGUUGCACA